AUGUAUGGGUCCUUUCUGUGCAUUUCGAAAGACAACUUUAAAACGAUGCUUUUCGCCACUGUUUCCAAACGAGACCCAGAUGAACUGAAGAAGGGGCGUAUUGACAUUCACUUUAUCGAAGAGCAAGAUGUUUUUGGGAUCGAGAGCCGGAAUCACGUUUACCAGAUGGUUGAGUCACCAGCCUAUUUUGAAGCUUAUCGUUACGUUCUUAAAGGAUUAAAGGAGUUAAAUGAAACAACUUUGCCAUUUACAAAGUAUCUGGUUGAAUGCAGUGCAGAAGUUGACCCACCGGAAUAUCUAAGACGGAAUGAGAAAGAGGCGCCAAUAUGUUUUGACCUAAGGGACGCCCUUGACGUUCCAGGAAACAAAAAUGCCAAAGAGGUACCUGUUCUUACGCCUGGAGCUUGGCCUUCGGUUGCAACACUUCCACUCAACAGCUCCCAACUAGAAGCGUUGAGAACAGCAAUUACCACUGAGUUUUCUGUUAUCCAGGGCCCACCAGGAACAGGGAAGACCUACGUAGGAGCCAAAAUUGUAAGAUGCUUGCUAGAAAAUCGACGCACCUGGGAUCCUGAACGCUUAUCACCCAUGUUGAUGGUUUGUUUUACGAAUCAUGCGCUGGAUCAAUUCCUGGAAAAGGUGUUAGCGUUUCUUCCACAGAAAGAGAUAAUUCGUGUUGGACAAAGAAGCAAGAGCCAAAUUCUAGAAGCUUGCAAUCUGAAACAUUUCACUCAGGAAUGCAGGGGCAGGGGUGAUUUAAGAGUGGUCAAAAAAAUGAUAAGGCAAAAGGAGAGAGAGCGAAAAGACUGGGAGGAACAUUUCGCAAAAGCAGGUGAUGAACUACUAGAAUUAGAUGAGUUGGAGGAUGUGUUAAAUCCAAAUCACGUAGACCAACUAUACAAUGCCAUUUUCCCUUCCAAUGCAAAAUACAAGUACAGAUCAGCAGGCGAUACGUUCAUAUUAUGGCUUUGUGACGACAAGCUGCUCCGGUCAUGCAACCAAAGUACAACAGAGGAAUCGCCUGCGGCAGUUUCACAUGUAUCUUUUUUUCAAGACAUUGGUGAAAGUGAAGACGUUGUUAAAUCGUCGUUUUGCUUCGCCUCGCCAGAUGACGAAAGCGACUGUCGGGAAGCAAAAGGAAAAGACGCUGAUUUCUUACAAAGACACCUACCAGAUGAAGAAGAUCUCUCCAACGUUGUAAUUGGAGACGCGUACGACCUGGAGAGUCAAGAACAGGAUACGAUGAGCGCCCAUGACGAAGACAAUGACGGUUGGACCACUGUAACAAACAAAAGGAAACAAAAAAGAAAAAAUAAAUUUGAAUCGUUGCAAACAGAAAAUGAAGCUUCCAGAGAGAGGUCGACAAACAUGGGAGCUACCGAGAAGAAGAAACAAAACGCCACCAAAAUCCUCAGCACGGAAGAUAUUUCUAAACUAAAAGAUCAGCUCAAACAAGAAAAAAUGAUGUCUCCUGAGGAAGCGAUGAAUGUUGAAAACAUCUGGAACUUGUCAAAAUCGCAACGAUUUCAACUCUACCUCUUUUGGAUCGAGUGCUAUCGUGAUCGCUACAGAGUAGAGAUUCAAAGAUGUGAACAGGAUUAUGAAAAGCUUUGUGAGGAGCUAAAGGAGGUCAAAUUUAGAGCAAAAGAAGAGGUUUUACGCCGGGCUGCCGUUAUUGGAAUGACGACCACUGGAGCAGCUAAACAUCACUCAGCCCUACAAAGGAUAGCUCCAAGAAUUGUGGUUAUUGAAGAAGCCGCUGAGGUAAUGGAAUCGCACAUUAUUACCUCUCUUUCGCACAACACAAAGCACACAAUUCUCAUCGGAGACCACAAACAACUCCGCCCUAAGGCAUCUGUGUAUGAGUUAGCCCACAAGUACAACCUGGAGGUCUCACUCUUUGAGAGGAUGGUGAUGAAUAAUGUGGAUUGUAAGUGCUUAUCUACACAACAUCGAAUGCGCCCUGAGAUCGCCGCUCUGACUAAAAGAAUCUACGAUCACGAAAUCAUAGAUCACAGGUCAGUAUGUCAGUUUGAGGACAUAUCUGGCGUUUGCAGUAAUCUCUUUUUCAUUGAUCAUGGUGAACACGAAAAACAUGAACCUGGUCUGCAAAGUUAUUCUAACCUUCACGAAGCUUCAUUCUUGAUAGCCUUUUGUAAGCAUCUUCUGAUUCAAGGAUACAACAGAAGCCAGAUCACAAUUUUAACUAUGUACAUUGGUCAGUUAGUACUCCUCAAAGAGAUCAUGUCAAGAAAUGAAUUUAGUGUAAACAUUUGCGUAGUUGACAACUUUCAAGGUGAAGAAAACGACAUCAUUCUUCUUUCAUUGGUAAGAAGCAAUUCCCAACGUUCCAUCGGAUUUCUGGGUGAGUCUAACAGGAUCUGCGUCGCCCUUUCGCGAGCCCGUAAAGGUCUCUAUUGUAUUGGAAACUUCAGUCUGUUGAAAAGUAAGUGCGAGCUUUGGAAAGAAAUAUGUGAUGAUUUAGAAACCAAGGGAGCCAUUGGUUAUAGUCUACAACUUAUUUGCAAGAAACACAACAAUGUAAUGUGUGUACAAAAUGCAGGCCAGUUUGAUUCAUCUGGAGGAUGUAAUAUGCCAUGUGGAGAUCGUCUGGAUUGUGGCCAUGCUUGUACCAUUCCUUGCCAUACAAGUGGACAUCCGAAAAAUUGUCUCAAUAGGUGCGUCAAUAAAUGCUCUAACGAGCAUCAGUGUAAACAGAGCUGUCACUAUCCACGCAAAUGCCCACCGUGCUAUCAGCAAAUGCCAAAGACAGUCCCUAAAUGUGAUCAUGAACAGCUCGUACCAUGUAGUAUUGAUCCUAAAAAGUUUUCUUGUCGGGCGAAAUGUGAGAAGCAGCUAUCAUGUGGACACCCCUGUGACAAACCAUGUGGACAGUUAUGCACAAAAAAGUGUCAAGUAACAUGUGAAAAAUCAUUACCAUGUGGACACGAAAAAAGCAUGCUCUGUUACCAAGAUCCAGUCAAUUAUAGAAAGUGUACGAAAAGCUGCACCAAACUUCUAGCAUGCGGUCAUCCUUGUUCAAGGAAGUGUGAACAAUCAUGCCAAUGUAAUGCUACGAUUGCUGUCCAGAUGCCAUGCAACCACUCGAAACGUGUCCUGUGCCGCGAGAAAAACUUCCCACGUAGGUGCGACGAAAAGUGCGAACGGCCACUAAACUGUGGCCAUGACUGUCCUGGAAUCUGUCACGAAGACUGUAAAACGAAGCAAUGUCAAAUUAUUGUCGUAAAGGAUCUUUCAUGUAACCACCAGCAGGCUAUUCGUUGCUUUCAAGACCCCAAAGAAGCAGUUUGUUUCGCGCCCUGUAAACGGAAACUUGAUUGCGGCCACAAUUGUUCGUCUACAUGUGGCCUUCCAUGUAGGUGCGACGAAAAGUGCGGACGGGUACUAAACUGUGGCCACGGCUGUCCUGGAAUCUGCCACGAAGACUGUAGAACGAAACGAUGUGAAAUUAAUGUCGUAAAGGAUCUUCCAUGUGACCAUCAGCAGGCUGUUCCUUGCUUUCAAGACCCCAAAGAAGCAGUUUGUCUCGCGCCCUGUAAACGGAAACUUGAUUGCGGCCACAAUUGUUCGUCCUUAUGUGGCCUUCCAUGUCAUGAAGUUGAAUGUAAAGAACUUUGUAAAAAGCCAUGCCCGAGAGGUCACCCCUGCCAAAACCGCUGCCAUUCUGGUUCACCUUGUAGUCACUGUACGGUGAAAGUAGAUCUUACUCUUCCUAAGUGUGGCCACAACGUCAACAGCCUAUGCUGCAACGAUCCAUCUUUACUGAUGUGCGUAGAAACAUGCGAAAGAGUAAGAAAAGACUGCGGCCAUCCUUGCAAAGAAAUCUGUAAUAAGAACUGUGAAGCUAGACCAUGCAAGGAACCUGUAGCCAGAAUACUAUCAUGUAACCACGCCGUUAACUUACCCUGUCACAAGAAUCCCGAAAAUUUUGUUUGCAAGGAAAAAGUGGAGGUGCAUCUUGCAUGUGGACAUAAAGCAUUUGCUGAGUGCCAUGUCAAAAAGGCUGGAAUAGAACAUGUCGUGUGUAAAGAAAGAAUGGAGAAGAGGUUGCACUGUGGCCAUACGAUCAGUCUUCCGUGCUUCAAAACGCCUGAGGGUUGCAUUUGCAGAAGGAAAGUCGAACUGGAACUACCAUGUGGACAUAAGACGUCUGCUCGAUGCUCCACUAUAUCCGGAGGCUUACCAAAUGACGUUUGCACAGUUACAGUGUCAAGAAAAUUAGCAUGUGGACACGAAUCAACCCUUCCGUGCCAUAUAAACCCACUGGAGUACAACUGUCAGGAAGAGAUGGACAUAUUACUUGAUUGUGGACACCACAAACGUAUUAUUUGCUGUAGCGUCCAAGGUGAGAUGCAAAGUGAAAUGUGUACCACCAAUGUGUGGAAAAAGUUACCCUGUGGCCAUGACAAGCUCAUGAAAUGUUCAAGCAAGACAGAUGAGGUAUUUUGUGAUUCCCCUUGUAAACGUUUUCUUUCAUGUGGUCAUCGAUGCUCUCAUAAAUGUGGAGAACAGUGUGAGAGCUUUAACUGCGUUGUUAAAGUUGAAAAAAAUUUGAGUUGUGGGUACCACAGGAUCUUUUGCUUUUGCUCUGAAGAUGUCUCUCAGCUUAUUUGUUUAAAUGCAUGCAAACGAAAUUUGAAUUGCGGUCACCCAUGUCCAGGAAAAUGCCUCGAAAAAUGUAGUCAGCACCAGUGUCGUAAAAAGGUGGUGAAAAUACUCAGUUGCGCAGGAAAGCACUCUCUUCGGAUGUACUGCAAAGAUGACCCCAAGAAUGUAUCAUGCAAAGAGCACUGUACACAGUUGCUAGCCUGUGGUCACCCAUGCCCGGGUGAAUGCAGCCAGCCAUGUGAACGUUACAGAUGCAAGCAUCCAGUAGACAAAGCAUUUGAUUGUGGUCACAAUGUUCAAUCACUUCAAUGUUUUCAAUUGAAGACUGCUACCUGCAGUGCACCUUGUCCUCGUCAAAAGAAAUGUAAACAUCGCUGCAAGGGUGUCUGUGGGGAUCCCUGUGAAAAAUACCCAUGCCAAGUAGAAGUGCGUAAGACCCUCAAGUGCGGGCACGACGUAAUCAUGCGUUGUAGCGAUUCUGUUGAUAAAGUGCGAUGCCCCAGUGACUGUAGACAAAAGCUACCAUGUGGUCACCACUGUUCUGGUACAUGCGACGAAUGCAGCCAAAGGGGUUCGCACGAAAUAUGCCAACACCCUUGUGGCCGACUUCUUGUUUGCUGCCAUCGCUGUCAAGCGAAAUGCAGCGAGCCUUGCCCGCCCUGUAACAAAAAAUGCGGUCGACGGUGCCCUUAUAAAAAAUGUACCCAAUCUUGUUCGCAGUCAUGUACACCUUUAGCUUGCAAACAACCCUGCAAAUGGAGUUGUCCUCAUUACACAUGCAACAAUCUUUGUGGCGAGAAAUGUGAUCGUCCUCGAUGUGAUGCUCCAUGCCCUAAGAGGCUUUCUUGCCGCCACCCGUGUAUUGGUUUGUGUGGGGAAAACUGUCCCACUGUGUGCGCCACUUGUCAUGCCAAAAAGCUUCCAGCAAAGGCUCCUACAACAACAGGAAACGCUAGGUAUCUACAACUUUUUGACUGUAAUCAUAUCGUGCAAGUUGAAGUGAUGGACCAUUGGAUGCUACAGGACCUUGGAAGUGAAGUUCGACUAAUUCACUGCCCCAGGUGCUCUGUCGCAAUUACAUUCAGUUAUCGUUACGGAAAUCAAAUCAAAGAGACACUGAAAAAAUUUGACAAUGGAAAAGCUCAAAUUUAUAAGCUAUCACAAGAAGCUUCCGAAUUUUGUGAAGGCGACGAAGACAGUCUGAAUGAAUUUCGACAAAAACUUCAGAUGAUGGAGCAGCCAAGAAAAGUGUCUUUAUUCUUCACACUUAAAAAUCACCUUCUCGUCAUAGACGAGGUUAAAAGAGCGCAAUUUUGUUUGAGAAACAUGAAACGUCAUCAAGCAAGUUCAAAAGAGCAGCUGGCGAUAAAGGAUUUCUUGGAAAAGAUGACAGCUUCCCUCCAGAAACCCCAGUUUGACUUAAGUAUUUUAAACACAGUUUACGAACGGGCAAGAAAGUUCUUCCUUUAUGCAUCCAUUUUGGAGGCUCAAAGUCAAGCCAUCAAUUUCAAAACGUCGUUCUCCGACAUUGCAGUAUCGCGUUUGAAGCUGGCUCAGCAAAAGUUUCAUUCAUUUAUCCAGGGUAAUGACGACGCUCUGGAAGUUGACUGGCUUGGGAGAAUAGUAGCAUCGGUGAGAAAGGAAGUAGGCCUCCUACCCCCAGCCACCGAGGAACCCAAAGAAUUUGAGAACUUCCCAGGCUUCAAUAUAGGAGCAUGGAAAUUGUGUGAACACCGUGAAGUUUUUGUUGCCAGGUCGCUUAUGCGCAAUGGAGAUGUUGUUACUAAGAUAGGCACCGGAUGCAGAGGCUGUGUUCCCAUGGAGAAAAGAGACACAGAAGAGGAAGAAGAGGAAGAAGAAGAAGAAGAGGAGAAGGAGGAGGAAGAAGACGAAACAGAAGACGACGACGAGACAGAAGAGGAAGGAGAAGAAGAACAAGCGAGAUGGACUGCAUAG